UAAAAAAAAAAAAACCAUUAAAUUAAACGUACGGCGAAGACAUUUGGCAAAAUAGCAGGUCAUUAAAUAGGACUAGACAACCGAAUAAUUAUGUACCAUAUAUUAUCGGUUUGUUUUGUUUUCAUUGGAUGCUGUAGCAAUGUAUAUUUUUUGGAAUUAUUGGUCAGUGAAUAUCCAGGAAGUGGCAAUAUAGUAACCUUUUCUCAGUUUCUGUUUAUUGCUUUAGAAGGUUUUAUAUUUACUAGUAAGUUUGGAAUGAAAAAGGCAGUGGUACCUUUUAGUUACUAUGUUUCAAUGGUGUCAAUGUUUUUUAUAGUACAAGUCGUCAAUAAUUUAGCUUUUAAUUUCAACAUAUCAAUGCCAUUACAUAUGAUAUUCAGAUCUGGUUCUCUAGCUGCUACUCUUUUAUUAGGAAUAAUUAUAUUAAAAAGAAAAUAUAAUCUAAGUAAAUAUAUAUCUGUAGGUUUAAUAUCAUCUGGUAUUAUUGUCUGUACUAUAGCAUCAGCUAAACAAGUUGAAACUUUACCAUCUCAUACAGGAAAUGCAACUUAUGAUUAUCUCAUGUGGCUUAUAGGUAUUUCAUUACUAGUCUUUGCACUAUUUAUGUCUUCACGAAUGGGUAUAUUUCAAGAACAGACUUACGCCAAGUAUGGUAAACAUCCUGCUGAAGCUAUGUUCUAUAAUCAUGCCUUACCAUUACCAGCAUUUAUAUUGAUGUAUAAAAGUAUUUAUAGUGCAGCUAUAUAUUAUAAUGCUUCAGCUCCAUUAUUAAUACCAGUUAUUGGUUUGACUGUGCCAAAGUUAUGGAUGUAUUUAUGUCUUAAUGUACUUACUCAAUAUGUUUGUAUACGUUCUGUAUUUAUUCUGACAACCGAAUGUACCUCAUUAGCUGUUACGUUAGUUGUUACAUUAAGAAAAUUUGUUAGUCUCAUGUUCUCUAUAUAUUAUUUUCAAAAUCCAUUUACAAUUUACCAUUGGAUUGGUGCUGCGUUUGUCUUUCUGGGAACUCUUAUAUUUACAGAAGUCAUCAAAGUUGAUAGUAUAACUACAAAUGAAAAGAAAACGGCUUAGUCUCUUUUUAUUCAGGGAUUAUCAUUUUUUUAUUUGUUGAUUUGAAAUAUUUGUUGCUGACAUUGAAUAUAUAAACCAUGUGUUUUUUCAUCGUUUGUUAUAUCGCUUACCAACAGAUAUUAAUGAAACUUAAUUCACUUAGUGCCAUGCAGCUCUCUAAUUCAAUUUAUAACAUCUUAUAAUUGUCCCCCGCCUUUUGAAGAAAGCAGGAGACUAUUAAAAUGGGUCUGUCCUUCAGUCACACUUUUUGGGAUACAAUUACUCUCCUAAUUGAGGUAGAAUGUUCAAACUUGGUGCAGGUGUUUAUUAUGUGAAUACCUUGAUGGAGUCAAAGAUGAGAUAAGCAAUUUGAUUGAUUGAUGCUUUGGGACACGAUAACUUUAGUUUUAAUUAAGUGGGAGUGAUGAAACUUGGUGUAUAGUUUCAUUACAUCAAUAUCUUGACUAAGUUCGAUAAUAAGCAUUUUCCGCUCAGGGUAGACAGAGCAAGAAGCAAUUGAUUGGUCGAGACUUUGUAACACAAUAUCUCCCCUUCUAAUUGAGGUCGAAUGUUUAAACUUGGUGUAGGCAUUAAGUAAAUGCAUUGAUGAAAUAAACUUGUUGUAUAGUUUCAUCACAUCAGUGCCUUGACAAAGUUUGUUAAUAAGCAUUUUCGGCUUAGGCAAGGUAGAGACUUCAAUCUGAUUGGUUAAGACUUUGGAACACAAUAACUCUCCUUCUAAUUGAGGUAGAAUGUUCAAACUUGAUGUAGUUGUUAGGCGAAUGCCUUGACAGAGUUCAAUCAUGCACAUUUUCCACUAAGACUAAGCAGAGAUAAGCAAAUUGAUUGAUUGAGACUUUGGAUCACGAAAACUUUGGUUUUGAUUGGGUGACAGCGAUGAGUAUAGAUUUGUUACAUCAAUACCUUGGCUAAGUUCGAAGAUGAGAAUUUGAUUGUUCAAGACUUUUAAUUGAGGUAGAAUAUUUAAACUAAAUGUUCAUUAGGUGAAUGUCUUGACUGAAUUCAAUGAUUAACAUUUCCCGCUAAAGCCAAGCAGAGCUAAGCAAUUUCGUCGAUACUUUGGGACAAGAUAACUUUGAUUCUAACUAGAAAAUUCUUAAAGUAAGCAGUUUGAUUGCUUGAUACAUGUACUUUUGAAAAAGAUAAAUGUGCUAGUAAUAAAUAUAUGUCAUCUAUUUAUUUGGGGAUUUUAUUAGAAAUAACUCACGCCAAAAGUUAUCAUCCGAUCUCUCUGAAAUUUACAUGCAUUAUUUGAAUUAGUGAAACAAAGAAGCAUAUUGAAUUUCAACAAUUCCCGUUUAUUAUGUCUAGAGUUAUGGCCCAUGUUUCACUUUAUUGAUCCUUGUGAACGCUCUAAGUCAAAAGUUAUCAUCCGAUCUUUCUGAAAUUUAUAUGCAUUAUUUAGGUUACUGAAGCAAAGAAGCCUAUUGAAAUUCAGCAAUUUCUGUUUAUUACAUCUAGAGUUAUGGCCCUUGUUUCACUUUAUUGAUCCUUGUGAACGCUCUCAAGUCAAAAGUUAUCAUCCGAUCUUUCUGAAAUAUAUAUGCAUGCUUUAGAUUGCUGAAACAAAGAAGCCUAUUGAAUUUCAGCAAUUCCCGUUUAUUACGUCUAGAGUUAUGGCCCUUGUUUCACUUUUGUUGAUCCUUGUGAACGCUCUAACGUCAAAAGUUAUCAUCCGAUCUUUCUGAAAUUUAUAUGCAUUAUUUAGAUCACUGAAACGACGAAGCCUAUUGAAUUUCGGCAAUUUCCGUUUAUUACAUCUAGAGUUAUGGCCCUUGUUUCACUUUAUUGAUCCUUGAGAACACUCUCACGUCAAAAGUUAUCAUCCGAUCUUUGUGAAAUUUAUAUGCAUUAUUUAGAUUAGUGAAACGGAGAAGCCUAUUGAAUUUCAGCAAUUUCCGUUUAUUACGUCUAGAGUUAUUGCCCUUAUUUCACUUUAUUGAUCCUUGUGAACGCUCUAACGCAAAAAGUUAUCACCCGAUCUUUGUGAAAUUUAUAUGCAUGAUUUAAAUUUGUGAAACGAAAAAGCCUAUUGAAUUUCAGCAAUUUACAAUAAUUUACAAUGAUUGCUCUUGUUUCACUUUGUUAAACCUUGUUAAUGCUCGAUUGAUGAUAGUUAUCAUCCGAUAUGUAUGAAAUUUAUAUGCAUCAUAUAAAUUUGUGAAACAGGUCUAUUGAAUUUCAGCAAUUUCCGUCAAUAAUUUCUAGAGUUAUGGCGAUUGUGAACGUUUGAAUGACAAAUGUGAUCUGUAUGAAAUUUAUAUGCAUUAUUUAAAUUAGUAAAACGAAAAAGCCUGUCAAAUUUCAACAAUUUCUGUAGAUUACUUCCAGAGUUGAGACCCUUGUUUCAGUUUGUAGAACCUUGUAAACCCUCAAACAACAAAAUUUAAAAUCUGAUCUGUAUGGAACUGUCUUGUAAAGGCCCCCAAUUACCUACAAAGGAAUAAAUAUGCGACAACCCUUGACGACUUAGCUGCUGUGGGCGUAUGUUUUGUUGCCAGGCAACCUAUCUUAUUUAUCGAGGACAAACAGUCUAUGUUUUUAUCUUAAAACUUACAAAGACUUCUAUGAGCCAUUUCUCUUUUUCUUUAACCUAGCAAACUUCUCACAGUGAAGCUUUGAAAACUGUGAUAUAGCUUCUUUACUACUUUACACUGAUCAAGGGAUUUAACUACUAUGAUAAGAUGCGUGUUUGUUUUUUUUUAUUUAAAUAGUCUUAUAUUUGCAUUUAUUUAUUCUGCUCAGCAUAUUUAUUUUUAUUUGAGCAAAGCAUUAAUAUAAUUGCUUGUCUUAAUCUCAUCCCCAACAUUUUUAUACGCCUAUAUUGUUGUCGCCCCUGUCCAUCCACAAUUUGUUUGUGGACACUCUUCAGGUCACAAUUCUUAUCCGAUUUUGACAAAACUUAAAAUAUAGGUUUAUCUCAAAAAGAUCUCGGUUCAUUUUGAUAUUGGCAUGGAUUAUGGCCCCUGAUUGUAUGUAAAAUCACGUUUUUAGCUUGCGGACACUCUAGAGGUCACAAUUUUCAUUUGAUUUUGAUGACACUUGAAAUGCAUGUUUAUAACCCAAAACCCAAAAGAUCCUGGUUCCUUUCGAUAUUCAUUCAUAUCGGGUGGUAACUUCUUGAAUUAUGGCACGUGAUUGUACGCAAAAUUGUGUUUUUAGCUUGUCCCUCUAGAGGUAACAGUUAUUAUCCGAUUUAAAAAAAACAAACUUUGAGUGUAUCACUGUUACACUGUAAUGAUGGUUGAGUUCGAAUUUCGUGAAAAUCAGACCAAAACUGCCGGACAAAAUGUCCGUCUCUCAUACGCAAAUAGUGUACAAAUAUGGUAUAUCAAGGUUGUGGACCCUCUAGAGGCCACAAUUUUGAUCCAAUUUUGAUAAACUUGAAAUACAUAUUUAUAACCCAAAGAUCUUGGUUCCUUUUGAUAUAAUCGUGCAUAUCGGAUCGUAACUUCCUGAAUUACGGCCCUUGAUUGUAGUGGUCACAAUUUUUAUCCGAUUUAAAAUAAGUUUGAAUAUUCACUUUUACACCCUGAUGAUGGUUCAGCCCAAAUUUCGUACAAAUCGGACCAAAAGUGCUGGACAAAAUGGCUGCCCCUCGUACGCAAAUAUUGUAAAUAUAUGGUAUGCCAAGGUUGUGGACCCUCUAGAGAACACAAUUUUGAUCCCUUGAUGGUAUGAAAAAUCGCUUCUUUUUUUUUUGAGCUUGUUCUCUGUCCAUCUCUUGCAAAAUGUGGGCGUACUUUGCAUGGCAACUGCUUGUUGUCCUCCGCCUUUCGAAGAAAGCAGGGGACUAUUAAAAUGGGUUCGUCCGUGUAGGUGUUUAUUAGGUCAAUGCUUUGAUGGAGUUCGAAGAUGAGCAUUUUCUGCUUAGGGUAAGCAGAGAUAAGGAAUUUUAUUGGCUGAUGGUUUUCGACACGAUAACUUUAUUUCUAAUUAAGUGAGAGUGAGGACACUUGGUGUAUAGUUUUAUCACAUCAAUACCUUGACGAAGUUCCAUAAUAAGCAUUUUCUGCUUAGGGUAAGCAGAGCGAUAAGCAAUUUGAUUGGUACAGACUUUGGAACACAAUAACUCUCCUUCUAAUUGAGGUAGAAUGUUCAAACUUGGUGUAGGCGUUCAUUAGGUGAAUGCCUUCAUGGAGUUCGAUGAUAAACAUUGUAAGCAGAGAUAAGCAUUCUGAUGCUUUGGGGCCAAUAACUUUAGUUUUAAUUAAGUGAGAGUGAUGAAACUCUGAGUAUAGAUUCAUUAUAUCAUUAUCUUGACUAAGUUUGAUGAUGAGAAUUUUCUGCAUAGGCUAAGGAUCGAUAAGUAAUCUGAUUGGUCAAGACUUUGGAACAUAACAACUCUGCUUUUAAUUGAGGUAGAAUGUUCAAACUUGAUGUUGAUGUUCAUUGACUGAGUUCAAUGAUUAACAUUUCGAGCUUAAGCUAAACAGUGCUAAGCAAUUUUAUUGGUCGAUACUUUGGUACCAGAUAACUUUGAUUCUAUCUGAUAGAGAGUGAUUGCUAAGCGGUUUGAUUGCUUGAUACUUUUGAAAAAAAUAAAUGUGCAAUUCAUUAAUAUGUGUCAUCUAUUUAUUUUGGGAUUUCGGUGGGGGACAUCAGCCUCAUUGUUGACUUGUUUAACUAGAAAUAGUCACAUUUGUCAGUAAGCGUAUACUAAGGUAUAAGCAACAAGGUAUUUUACCAUGUGAUAAAACUUGAUAAAUCAAAAUAAAGAUUAAAAAAAAUUAUUUUAAUAUGAA